AUUUUGAAGGUGCAAACAGGAACUCGCCGUGUCUCCCAGCCGGUGUGUGGUGACCGUGCAGCUACUUCCCAGGCAGCCAGCGGCGGAGAGCCACCAGUCCGAGUUGGCUGAUCCGAGGUAGCGCAGCACACCGACGGCCACCGGCGCUGAAGCCGAGCGAGCAGCCGCGUUCACGGCGUCCGGUCCGCCGAGCUUCACACUGCCACACCGACCCGCUGAUGCGCGACACCAUGAACGCCUCCUGGACGUUUGGACACUUUGGACGCCAGCGCGCAGUGGGAUCCUAGGAUUUAGUGGAGAAGAAGUUGUCUUUCGCAACGGCGGUGCACGAGCCAAGGACGAGAGGGAUUUCUUAUUCUUUUUUCCCCCCUUCACUCUGCCCGAUUUGCCCGAGGAUUUACGGAUUUUAAAGUUAUUUUGUGUGUGUUUUUUUUUUAAAUAAAUUUAAAGGAGAAUAACUGCUGGGUUUCUGUUUUUGUUUUUAAAUGAAUGCUUGGUGACACCUGAAAGACUCAGAUCUGCUGUCACAACGGGAUACUUUGGGUCAGGGUCGCCGAGUCGUCGGACAGUUUCCCGCGGCGUGGUAGGCCGCCGUUCUGCAGGACAGCAUGCUCACGGAGGAUGUCGUCUGAGUCGGGCCUCGCCGCUCCGCGUCUCACCUUGCCGUCCGGAGUGAUGACGGCUCUGUGGUGCUCCCUCUGGCUCUCCUUCCUCCUGCCCCUCUGCGCCACUCCGGCCAGGCUGCCCACCGCCCAGCCCACAGACUCUGUGUCCAGCGAGACCGCCUUCCCGGAGGACGAUGUUCUGGGCAUGGGGGACACGCUGGAAAAGUCCUGCGACCUGAAAGACCACUCCGAGCCCGUCGUCUGGUUCAAAGACGGGGUCGGGCUGACGCCUAGCAACAGGACGCGGCUGGGCCAGAGGAUGUUGCGCAUCAUCAACAUGUCGUACGAGGACUCGGGCGUCUACUCCUGCCGGCUCGCCCACAGCAACACGUUGCUCAGCAACUACACCAUCCGGGUGACAGAUUCUCUGUCAUCUGGUGAUGAUGAAGAUUAUGACGAAGAUCCAGAAGAUGCAGGUAAUGGAAAUGAAGCUCCAUAUUGGACCAGGCCAGACCGGAUGGACAAAAAGCUCCUGGCUGUUCCAGCCGCCAACACCGUCAAGUUCCGCUGUGCGGCGUCCGGGAACCCGGUGCCGACCAUCCACUGGCUGAAGAACGGCAAAGAGUUCAAGGGAGAGCAGAGGAUGGGAGGAAUCAAGUUGAGACACCAACAGUGGAGUCUGGUGAUGGAGAGCGCCGUGCCAUCAGACCGGGGGAACUACACCUGCGUUGUGCAGAACAAGUACGGCGCCAUCACCCACACCUACCAGCUGGAUGUGCUAGAGCGUUCCCCCCACAGGCCCAUCCUCCAGGCGGGCCUGCCAGCCAAUCAGACGGUCGCAGUGGGCAGUGACGUGGAGUUCCACUGUAAGGUGUACAGCGACGCCCAGCCACACAUCCAGUGGCUGAAACACAUUGAGGUCAACGGCAGCCGCUACGGCCCCGACGGCGUUCCCUACGUCAACAUUCUGAAGAGUGUUGUCAGUAAACACACUGAGGCCCACAGUAAGUUGAAACUGUCCAACGUGACAGAGCAAAAUGCUGGGAAGUACUGGUGUCGCGCCUCCAACUUUGUAGGCAAGUCAGAAAACGCUUUCUGGCUUAAGAUACACAAUCCAGCAGUGAGCCCAGAGAAGGAGGACUACUACGCCGACAUCCUCAUCUACGUGACGGGCUGCGUGCUCUUCAUCCUCGCCGUGGUCAUCGUCGUCCUCUGCCGCAUGCGCAUGACGACGCAGAAGACGCUGCCCACGCCGCCCGUGCAGAAACUGUCCAAGUUCCCCCUCAAGAGACAGGUAACAGUGUCCUUGGAUUCCAACUCCUCCAUGAACUCCAACACCCCGUUGGUCCGGAUCGCCCGCCUGUCGUCCAGCGACGGGCCCAUGCUGGCCAACGUCUCGGAGCUGGAGCUGCCCUCCGACCCCAAAUGGGAGUUUCCUCGAACACGGCUGACUCUGGGGAAACCCCUGGGCGAGGGCUGCUUCGGCCAGGUGGUGAUGGCCGAGGCCAUCGGCAUCGACAAGGAGAAGCCCAACAAGCCGCUGGACGUCGCUGUGAAAAUGCUGAAAGACGAUGCCACAGAUAAAGAUUUGUCAGACCUGGUGUCGGAGAUGGAGAUGAUGAAGAUGAUCGGAAAACACAAAAACAUUAUCAACCUUCUCGGAGCGUGCACACAGGACGGUCCUCUGUACGUCCUGGUGGAAUACGCCUCCAAGGGCAACCUGAGGGAGUACCUGCGGGCGCGGCGCCCACCGGGCAUGGACUACUCCUUCGACACGUGUAAGAUCCCCGACGAGCAGCUCACCUUCAAAGACCUGGUGUCCUGUGCCUACCAGGUGGCCCGGGGCAUGGAGUACCUCGCCUCGCAGAAGUGUAUCCAUAGAGACUUGGCAGCCAGAAACGUCCUUGUGACAGAGGACAACGUCAUGAAGAUCGCCGACUUCGGGCUCGCCAGAGAUGUGCACAAUAUAGACUACUACAAAAAGACCACCAACGGUCGUCUGCCCGUGAAAUGGAUGGCUCCCGAAGCUCUGUUCGACCGGGUCUACACGCACCAGAGCGAUGUGUGGUCCUAUGGGGUGCUGUUGUGGGAGAUCUUCACCCUGGGAGGCUCGCCGUACCCAGGAAUCCCGGUAGAAGAGCUCUUUAAGCUGCUGAAGGAAGGACAUCGGAUGGACAAACCUGCCAACUGCACCCAUGAACUGUACAUGAUCAUGAGGGAGUGCUGGCACGCCGUGCCGUCCCAGAGACCCACCUUCAGACAGCUGGUGGAAGACCACGACCGGGUUUUAUCCAUGACCUCCACCGAUGAGUACCUGGACCUGGCGGUGCCCUUCGAGCAGUACUCGCCCACCUGCCAGGACUCCAACAGCACGUGCUCGUCCGGAGACGACUCGGUGUUCGCCCACGACCCGCUCCCCGACGAGCCCUGUCUUCCCAAACAGCUUCCCAGCAACGGGGUGAUCAGGACAUAGAGAACAACGCAGCGGGGCAAGGGGGGGGAGGGGAAGUUGGACUUUAACUUCCUCUCACGGGUCGCCCAUGAACAAAACACCUCGCAGUGACUCCUCAGCAAUUACGGAAAUGAAAAACUCAGCAUGCAAUACUUUCAUGCUCUUCCAUUCGUCUUAAAACUCUCGCGUGCCAUCCUCCUCCCACUCCUUCGACUGAGUUUUUUCUCCCUCCCGCAUCCCCCCUCCCUCCCAAAAGACUCUUGAAACAUUGAAGGAUUUUUUUUAUUUUUUUUUAUGCGGUUUGAACCGUGUUCGUGUUUCUUCUUUUCAGAAAUGAAAAUUAUAUUUUUGUACUGGGACAGUCUUUUGUUACGGACAAUCUGUAAGGGGGUGGGCGGGGGGGGGGGGGGGGGGGGGGGGUAAACCAUUCCGUGCCUACUGGUAUAA